CUCAACGGUCACCUGGACCUCCAGCGCCAAGGCGUCCAGGACUCAGCUGUUCUACGACAUUGUGAACCAGAUUAAACUUCAUGAGUACACUCUGCUCAUCACCACCAUGGGGAACUUCAUCGCCAACGAGGGACUCUCCAUCUUUGUAAUUCUGGUGUGGCUGGGGAUCAACGCCUACCUGUUUGUUGAGUUCUACAUGAGGUUCCUGGUCCAGAAGUGGUUCUACACCAGAGUCCUGCUAGGGCAUGCCCUGCCCUGGGCCAGAGCUCCUGCUGCCUGCCUCAACUUCAACUGUAUGCUCAUUCUGCUGCCGGUCUGCCGAAACCUCCUCUCCUUCCUCCGAGGAUCCAUCCAGUGCUGCAGCCGAACUGCAGCUCGUCAACUAGACCGAAACCUCACUUUUCACAAACUGGUGGCUUACAUGAUCGCCUUCCAUACAGCUGUGCACAUUGUUGCACACUUGUUCAACUUUGAGUAUUUCAUGGACGCGCAGCUGGAUCGCAACAGCAGCCUCCUGACCUUCGUUCUGUCUGAAAUCGGUAACGGAGACAACGCCUCCUUCCUCAACCCCAUCAGGACCAAUGAGACGCGGGUGAUGUGUGUUCUGGUGCAGAACCCUACCAUCGUCAUGUUCACCACCAUCGCCGGGCUGACGGGCGUCGCCAUCACGCUGGCCCUCAUCCUCAUCAUCACCUCGUCCAUGGAGGUGAUCCGCAGGUCCUACUUCGAGGUGUUCUGGUACACGCAUCACCUCUUCGUCAUCUUCUUCAUCGCCCUGGUGUUCCACGGCUUCGGGCGUAUUGUUCGAGGACAGACGAACAAAGAUCUGCUCGUGCACAACUCUACUUUGUGUGCCGACCGGUUUGAAGAGUGGGGACAACCUGGGUCCAACUGCACGGUGCCGGUGUUUGCUGGAAACCCACCGAUGACGUGGAAGUGGGUGGUCGCCCCCAUGUUCCUCUACCUGUGUGAGAGACUCGUUCGCUUCUAUCGAUCCCAUCAGAAGGUGGUCAUCACCAAGGUGGUGAUGCAUCCGUCCAAGACCCUGGAGCUGCAGAUGAAGAGGAAGGGCUUCCACAUGGAGGUGGGUCAGUACGUCUUCAUCCAGUGUCCAUCUGUCUCCAGGCUGGAGUGGCAUCCCUUCACCCUGACCUCCGCUCCGGAGGAGGACUACUUCAGUGCCCACAUCCGCAUCGUCGGGGACUGGACUCAGGCGCUGUACGAGGCCUGUGGAGGAGACAGGAACGAACCUCAGGAGGCCUGGCAAAUGCCCAAGGUGGCCAUCGAUGGCCCGUUUGGAACCGCCAGCGAGGACGUGUUCCGCUACGAGGUGGUGAUGCUGGUGGGAGCAGGAAUCGGAGUGACGCCCUUCGCCUCCAUCCUCAAGUCUGUGUGGUACAAACGCAUCCAGAACAACCAGGAGGUCUUCACCAAGAAGAUCUACUUCUACUGGCUGUGUCCGGAGACGCAGGCCUUCGAGUGGUUUGCUGACCUGCUGCAGUCUCUGGAGGGUCAGAUGGCCGAGAGGGAAGUGACCGACUUCCUGAGCUACAACAUCUACCUGACCCGCUGGAAGGAGGCCGAGGCGGCUCAUUUCCGAGUUCACCACGAGGCGGAGAACGAUCCAAUCACUGGCCUCAAACAGAAAACUCUUUACGGGAAACCCAACUGGGACAACGAAUUCACCAACAUCGCUUCAAAGCACCCGGGAACCAAAGUUGGCGUCUUCCUGUGCGGUCCGCCUCAGCUGGGAAAAUCUCUGGAGAAACAGUGUCUGUCGCACUCAGAGGACGACGUCAAGUUCAUCUUCAACAAGGAGAACUUCUAGAAUAAAACCUGCAGCGGCUGAACGGCGACGACGGAGGGAGGAAACUUUAAAACAGCAGCGACGGACUGCCGGGACCCUACAUCAAACUUUAUCCACGUUCUACACCUAAGAAUGACUGAAUGUACAAGAUUAUGCAGUUAAAUUAUUCAUAGUCAUGGCAAAAUCUUUAUUUAUAAUGAAUUUUUAUUUGACCAACAAAUUUUUUCUGGCUGGAAAUCACGUAAAUAAGAAACAAGAGAUGGUAAGAGAUUGAGUUAGAGAUGCUCAAAGGUAAAUUUGGUUUGGUUUUGAACAUUUUAAACAAAAAACGAAAGCUCCAAAUUAUUCAGAAGUAUGAGGAAAUACAGCUUCUAUACAUUUCUGCUACAUGUUACUAUACUAUGUGCAGUUUUCUGAAAAGAAACCCAAUGACAAACUCAUGUUUAACAUUUUAUAUUUGGGUAAAACAAAUACUUAAGUUGCAAAAAUUCAACACUUCAAGUUGAUUUUCUUUAAAAUGAAGCUGCAGUAAUGUUCAUUUGAGAGGAAUCCAAUGUAAGCUUACUCAACAAUUCCCUUUUUUCAGUGUAGAAACAAUCAGAACGAUGGAGACUGGGAAAAAGCUGCAUUCUUUGAAACAUUUCAGACGAUUUCAUGUCGAUUUCAGGUCAUGGCAUUUUUAGUUAAAGUUCAAAUUCAACAUUAACAUCCCUAAAGCGACCUCUUACCAUCCCUUUAUCUCUUGUUUCUAUCAUUUCCAGCCAGAAGGAGCCUGUUGGUCAGAUAAAGAGCUGGCUGUGAAUAACGCUCCUAUUAACUACAUCUGGAACAUCUGGCAGCUCAACAGGCUUCUCCUCCUCUUCGUUUCUCACCACAGACGUUUUGUAAAUACGCAGCUGUUGCUCAAAAAGCGAUGUGGUGUUUUCCACAUUCCCUUCUUCUCCUUUUGCAUUACGACAACAAGAGAAACUGCUGGUUUCAAAACAUUUCUUCCUUUUUCAUUUGCUCCAUUUGGGCGUUUUGCCAGAAGCAGUUACUGAAAGUCAAGUCUGAGAUCAAAUUCCUCAAAAUGAAAGAGGAAAAUAAACCAAUCAGACUCCAGCGUUAUUAAAGCUUUGGCGGCUUCAGAGGAGCUGUUGUGUAAAAAUAACAAAAACAAAAAAACAAAAACAGCAGAAACUUUGCAGGAAAAAUAAAAAUCUCAACAGACUCCUCAAUGCUUUUUGCUGCAGCGGUUCUGUUAAUGUUUUGGGGUUUUUUUUAAGCUGUAUUUUUGUUUUGUUUUAACAAAUUACUGUUUUCAUUUACAGAUUUCACUGCUUAAUUUAAUUUUAUAUUAUCUGUAAUUUAUGAUAAAAUAUAUUAAAUUACACGAUACAAACCCAAAAAAACAGGCCAAAAUUGUAAAUAAUACAAUUUUUUAAACAGUAUUUCAGUCAACAAAUCAAUUUCACAGAUAUUUGCUGUUAUCUAAAAGACAAAAUAUGUAUAUUUAAAGUUAUUUUACAGAUUUCCUUUGCUUUGUAAAAUUACAGAUAAAUUCGAGUAAAAUCCCGGAAAAAAAUUAAUUUACACGAUGACUGUAAAAAAAAUAACGUUGACGUCAAAAAUCCAGAUUUUUACAAAUAAUAAUUGCUUCUUUUACAAUGUGUGACUGUAAAAUGACAGUUUUACUGAAAUUAUCUGUCAAUAUUUUCACUGUUUUUACAGCUUUAAGCAUUACAGUAUUCCACCGUUUUUAACUUGUGGUUUCUUUUUUAGUUUUUUGUUUUUUACAGUGUUGUACUUCUGUACUGUCAAAAUGGGUCUUGAAAGAGGGUUUAAUGGAUUUUUUGCUAUUAUAAAGUGUUUUGAGCUUGUUUGGAAGGAAAAAUGAACAACCAGCAACCUUCAGAUCAUUUCCUGUCAGUUCUGAAAAACUGGAUUAUUCAGUAUGUAAAAUUUCCAAACAAGUUUUGAACAUAUGUGUGCAGAAAUCAUGCUUACAGGCCGACGGACGUGUCAGUUAAUGAUAAUAAUGUUAAAACACAACAUGAUAGCAUGAAGCCUGCAUUUUAAAGUAGCUGCAAAAUCUAUAUCCAAAUGAAAUCUGCAGCCCCAGAAUGUCUUAAUAAUAUUUUAGAAUGAACGACUCAUUUAUUAAGAAACAAAUAUGUUCAGGAAGCACUUUAUAAGAUUCUGUUUUGCAUCACUGCAGACUAAACGUAUUUAUGCUUCAGACUGUUUUCCAAACAACAAACAGAUUUGUUAUUCUAAAAUAAUCCUCGGUAUCUGGUCCAAGGUUCUUUUAUUGGAAAUAAAAGAACCUUGGAUAGUUUGCUCAGUUGUCAUGGAAACAGCAUCCAUGGAUGAAGGCCUUUGCCAUGUGGGUUAAAUAAUGAACCUUAAACUUCAAACAAUUGAAACAUGAAACAAAACAGCUGAUAGCAUCCUAGUGUGUUGAUGAAAAAAAAUAAAGUCCAAAAAAUCCUUCAGGAAGGAACAUGAA